ACGCUGUACUUGACGUCGACCGUCCGCAGCCUGGAGAAAAGUGACAGGCGGCAACGCAGCGGGCAUCAAACCGUACCUCACCGUGAACUUUUGUUGUUGAUCUCGACUUUUCUCCACAUUUGUUCACCUUCACCCGCGGCUGGAGCUGCCCCGGGUCGGCUCACGCUGCUUGCUUGUUUGUGCUCAACGUGCUGUUGUUGUUGACUGAGGUCAGCGGUUCUCCAGCUGAAGUCCAUCCGCCGACCAGAUGCUCUCCCCGGGCAGGACCGUCUCCUCUCGGCUGCUGAGGCCGGCCUCGUGGCUCCCUCUCCGGCUGGGUUGUGAGCGGACGGCCGCCAGCUCUUCACGACAAGAGUUGAUCAAGAAGCACGAACUGGAGAAAGAUGAGCUCCGCCCCCUCUACAUGGACUUCCAGGCUACUACACCCAUGGACCCCCGGGUGCUGGAUGCCAUGUUGCCGUACCAGGUGAAUUAUUAUGGUAACCCUCACUCCAGAACACAUGCCUACGGCUGGGAGAGCGAGACCGCCAUGGAGAAUGCCAGGAAGCAGGUUGCUGAUCUCAUUGGUGCCGAUCCCAGAGAGAUCAUUUUCACAAGCGGAGCCACCGAGUCCAACAACAUGGCCAUCAAGGGAGUGGCCAGGUUCUACCAGGCCAAAAAGCGCCAUGUGAUCACCACACAGACCGAACACAAGUGUGUGCUGGACUCCUGUCGAAUUCUGGAGUCAGAAGGAUUCGACAUUACCUACCUGCCUGUUCAACAGAACGGACUGGUGGACCUGGAGCUGUUGGAGGCGUCUAUUCGUCCCGACACCUCACUGGUAUCGAUAAUGACCGUCAACAAUGAGAUCGGCGUGAAGCAGCCCAUCAAAGAUAUUGGUCGGAUAUGUCGCUCCAAGGGAGUCUUCCUUCACACCGACGCUGCUCAAGCCGUUGGAAAGAUUCCCAUCAACGUCUCGGACUGGAAGAUUGAUCUGAUGUCCAUCAGCGGUCACAAGAUCUACGGACCAAAAGGUGUGGGCGCCCUGUAUGUGCGUCGCAGGCCACGCGUGCGUCUGGAGCCGCUGCAGAACGGAGGCGGACAGGAGAGGGGGCUGCGCUCCGGCACCGUCCCCACACCGCUGGCCGUCGGGCUGGGAGCCGCCUGCAGCAUCGCGCAGCAGGAGAUGGAGUACGACCAUCAGAGAGUGAGCUUGCUGGCCAACCGGCUGGUUCAGAGGAUCGUCUCUGAGAUUCCUGACGUCGUCAUGAACGGAGAUCCAGAACAACGCUACCCGGGCUGUAUCAACCUUUCCUUUGCCUAUGUGGAGGGAGAGAGUCUGCUGAUGGCACUGAAAGAUGUUGCUCUCUCAUCCGGCAGUGCGUGCACAUCGGCGUCUCUGGAGCCGUCCUACGUCCUCAGAGCCAUCGGAGCAGAUGAGGACCUGGCUCAUUCCUCCAUCAGGUUUGGUAUUGGCAGAUUCACCACAGAGGAAGAAGUGGAUUACACCGCAGAGAAAUGUAUCCAUCAGGUCCGCAGACUCAGAGAGAUGAGUCCUCUGUGGGAGAUGGUCCAGGAAGGCAUCGACCUGAAGAGCAUCAAGUGGACGCAGCACUAGACUUCCUCCACCUCUCGUCAGCUUCCUCUCCUGUAAAAGACAAAGGAAACCUAGGAUUGGACCUUCUUUUUUUUCCCAUACAGAAACACGCACAAGCUUCCUGUGUAACUUGAAGUCCAUUUUUAGUUAUGUUCCUCCACUUACUUUACCUGGAGAUGAUUUUUUUUUUCUUCCCUCUGGAGAGUUGAACACCACCACAGUCCCUGCUUCUGUUGCUCACCAGGUUGCUUCUGAAUAUUUACUGAGGAGUUGUCAGAGGUUGCGAUGGCCUUGAGGGAUUUUUGGCUGCAAACGUGUGUGUGAGUCACUCCAAAACAGUGGUGAAACGCUGACGGUCAAUUUGGAGCUUUGACGAACGUUAAGCUGCCUGCCACAAAAUUCAUGACACAAGUUCCUCGUGGAAAAAUUCCAAAACAAUCGGACUGCGGCAAUUUAACGAGCGAGAUUACACCAGCUGCUGCUACAUGUUACAUGUACCUUUUGGUCUUUACUUUUUAUGCACGUCCAUCUCAAUAAUGGAUGCAAAAGAAAUCCAUGUGACUUUCGUAUACAUGAUGUUAUGAUUCACCCUGCAUCCGUCAAACAUCAUAACAAGCCUGAUUUUCUGUAAUCUUACUUAAACUGACAAACCUCGGGAAACGUCUAUAAACAGCCUUGAACUCACGCAGUGUAACGGCAUCCUUUGUUUGUCUUUGUGGGGCCAUUAGCUUUCUGUAAGCCAGACAUCCUGAUCACUGGUUAACAGCGGGUUCAUUAAACUCUUUCACUCACUUCCGAGUCUUCUCAUGAAACAGGAGAUUCUGAUUGAAGCCGGUCACAUAUAGAAUGAUCAGACACAUGGUUGUGCAAUGUAAGAGGCAUAUUUACCCAUCUGGAAUAAGAUAUGUGAAAAAUUCAUAUUUAUACUUACUAAGUCAGAUUGCAGUAUGUAAUUUAUGUUUAUGAUAGUGUUGAGAAUGUAUAUUUUUAAAGCUACACUGUUGGUUACUAUUAUCAUUACUAUCAAUAAUAAUAUUGUUUCUGAAAUAACUUAAAAUCAAUAUCUCCCGAUAAGACACAGGCAGAAAAGAAACUGAUAAGAUCGAAGUGCUCCAGAACCUAUGUGCCACAGUUCAGAGAGCAAAGAACAACUGAGAAGAACUUUAAAAAGAAACUUAUAAACUAUGAUUUUGUAAAUUCAGAGACUGGUAUCAAUAAUUUGAGGUUCUGAAGCACCAUGAGGAAUAUAAAUGUGGUGAAAUAUUCCCAAUGUGAUGUUAAAUCCAGGCACGGCAGACUAAGUUAAUAACGAAGCUUUGAGCUUUCGCCAUCAAACCAUUCAGAUGAUAUGAAACAAAGGAAAGAGCAGCACUGUUUCAAAAAUAAAUAAAAUAACAGCAUUUCUCAAUUUACAGUGUGAUCGCAUUCCCCCUGAUAUUUUUAGUCUGUUUCCUCCAUCUCAGCUCUCAGUCUUUUGUAACAAUAACGUUUGAACAGUAUGUCAGUGUCACAUCAGCUCUUGGUGGAUGCAGUGUGAGCAGCAGCAGUGUGAUCAUUGUUCAUCAAAAUACAAGUUCACUGUGAAAAUAAGAUAAAAGCCAUAGUUCAGUCUUUGGUCACACACACCUCAGAGUGUUGGUGGAAAUGUGUUUGAUGAUCUCAAAGGUCUGAGCACAAACUGUACAGUUAUUAAAUGUGAAUCUCCACAAAAUGUCAGUAGAUUUAGAAAAGUCUUGCAUUGCACUGAUGUAGACUAAACCUCUGACCAUCAUAUUUACCAUCGUAUCUCCAGCUUCCAUGGUCUUCUGCUGUUACUCAUUGAUCCAGUGUUCAAUAAAGUUGCUGCUUCAUGAA